AUGUCAAAUCAAGUUAAUGAUGAAAAUAAUGAUAGUUACAAUGAUUUAUUUUAUUCAGUUAUACCAAUUAAUAAUCAAUUAGAUUCAGGUUAUUUAACAUUAACAACAUCUCCAUGUUUAACAUCACCAUCUCGUUUAUCACCAUCAAGUGUUAUACUUAAUCAAAAUGAUUCUCCAAUAUCAGAAUAUGAUAUACAAUCACCAAUAAAUAUUCCUAGAAGAAAAUUUCUUACAAAAAUUGAUUAUGAACAUUAUAUAUUAACAAGAAAACAUUUUGAUAUAUUAAUACAAUUAUAUCAUCGUAAUGCAUACCAUAUAAUUGAUAAAAUUUUUCAAAAUUUAUCAAAUUAUGAUUUAAAAUCUUGUUCAAAUGUAUGUCGAAAAUGGUAUUCAAUAUUAAAAGAUUAUUAUCGACGUAAACAAAUAAAAAAUGUUAAACGUAAUUUAUUUAAUAAUUUUAAUAAAACUCCAAUUAAAAAAUUUCAAUUUAAAACAAAACCAAUGCAAACAAUAACUAAUUUACUUGAUAUAAAAUCAACAAUACCAUUAAUUGUUGAAACAACAAAUGAUGAUAAUAUUCUUCCAUUAACACCAUCACAAAAUAUAUUUACAUCAUCACCUGAUAAUAAUAUUCAUCUUACAGCAAGUACAAUGACAUUUCGUUAUGGUUAUUUAAAAUAUUUACAUGGACCAACAGUACCAAAACGUUGUCCGAUUUGUGCUUAUGUUUCAAUUGUUGAUGUUAAUGAUCAACAUGGUAUUUGUACGAAUCCAUUAUGUCGAAAUAGUUUUUGUCAAUGUUGUUCUGGCCCUUAUCAUCCAUCAAGUCCAUGUAAAACAACAACAGGUCCAAUAAAAUCUCCAUGGCGUCAACGACCUACUAUUUCUCCUAUAUUUUCGAAUAAAACACGAAAUAAUUUACGACGAUUAUUGAUAUAA